AUGGCGUGUCUGUCGCACCUCAACAAACUCCUAUGCGUUCCACCGCUCAACUCCUCACCCUCUCUUUCGCCACCGCGCGCCCUCGGGAUUUGGACCAAGCCCGUCGGAAGGCUCGGGAUGGUCGCCGACUUUGCGAGUUCGGCGUGGCGAGUCCGAGCGGUGACGAGCGACGAUGAGUGGGGCUCGGAGAAGAAGGAGACGUACGUCGGCGGCUUGGCGGUGGAGGAGAAAGUGGCGGAGCCGGAGACGGAGAAGCUGAAGAAAGCUUUGGUGGAUUCGUUCUUGGGCACGGAUCGUGGACUGAAGGCGACGAGCGAAACGAGAGCAGAGAUCGUGGAACUGAUCACUCAGCUUGAGGCCAAGAACCCUACACCUGCUCCCACCGACGCCUUGACUCUCCUCGACGGAAAAUGGAUUCUCGCGUAUACAUCCUUUGCAGGUUUAUUCCCAUUAUUGUCAAGAGGAACAACACUUCAGUUGGUCAAGGUAGAGGAGAUAUCUCAGACAAUUGACUCGCAAAAUUUCACUGUCCAAAACUCUGUUCAGUUUGCUGGUCCUUUGGCCACCACCUCAAUUAGUACAAAUGCCAAAUUCGAUGUCCGAAGUCCAAAACGUGUGCAGAUAAAGUUUGAGGAAGGCAUCAUUGGCACACCACAGCUUACAGACUCGUUGGAGAUACCAGAAAAUGUGGAAUUUCUGGGUCAAAAGAUUGACCUCACUCCUUUCAAAGGUAUCCUUAGCUCUGUUCAAGACACUGCCUCAUCUGUGGCGAGAACAAUUUCAAGCCAGCCUCCCUUGAAGAUCCCAAUUUCUAACAGCAAUGCACAAUCCUGGUUACUCACUACAUACCUUGAUCAAGAAUUGCGUAUCUCAAGGGGCGAUGGUGGCAGUGUGUUUGUUCUUAUCAAAGAAGGAAGUUCUCUUUUGAUAACUUAA